AUGGAUCUAUCUGACAAAAAUAAUUUAUUCGACUAUUUGAGUAAAGAAGAGCAUAUUAAUCCUCAAAAGCGUUUAUUUGGCGAUGAUGAUGAGGAUGAUGUUGAUAAAGAAAAUAAAUUUAAGUUUUCUAAAUUAAAAGAUGAAAGCGGCUAGUUAGUUAACUUCUAAGUAGAAAAGGAGCAGAACUAAUCGCUAUGUGGUAGCAAUUUAAGCGAUACUAAAUCAUUUUAUAGAGCAAAUGGUUUUAGUAAAAUAGAAAUUGCUUCUGAAAUAACUAGUAGCUUGCCUAGAGAUUAAUUAUUGAAAGACUGGUAAGAAAAGAAGAGUGUAGAAAAGAGUGGUAGCAAGAGUAAUGUAUUUUCAGAGAGAAAGAAUAAUCUUUUAAGCUCUGUUGAAAAGUAGAAGCCUGAGUAUUUAAGUCAAGCUCAGCUAAUUGAAAAAUAUUUUAACUCUAGAGUUGGAUAUGGUGACGGUAAGGUAUCUGCUCCUGUCAAAACAACAACUAAACCUCAAUCCCCUAAAUUCUAAACAACUCAAAGAUCCAUAAUUCAUUCUUUAAGAAAUAAGUAAAUGGAAGAAAUGGAGUCAAUGAAUAAUAGCAAAAAUUCUGCAAAGAAAAUUGAUCCAAAGAAUUUUUUUUUAGAAACAGAAAAGAGAGCAAGAUCUCGUCCAUAAACUCCAAUCAAAGAAGAUGAAGAGUUUGUCUUUAAAGCCCGCCCUAAACCAGAUGAUUCAUUAAAGUUUGAAAUUAAGAAGGUCGAAAGAAAUCCUAUUUAGUUCACAGAAUUUCGUCUAAAUACUGAGCAAAGAGGACGCUCUAAGGAAUAACAAUUGCAAUUGAAACUUGAAAAUGAAAAGAAGUAAGAAGAAUUGUAGAGACAUUUCCAUGCUUAGGAGAUUCCUGAUUAUAGUGAAUUGUCAUAAAAAUAUGCUAACUAUAGUUGCGGAUCUCCAAAACCUACUCUUCCUAUGGAGUUUAAAUUUGAAACUGAAAAAAGAUCUGAAUUUGCACAAAAAAGAUCUUAAUUUAGCUAAUCUGCUGAGAAAUAUGAAUUCAAAGCUAGAAAGGUUCCUGAUUUUUCAAAGAUUAGAUCACCCAAUAAACCCUCUCCUAAAAAAGCCACAGUUCCUGUAGAAAUAAAGUUGUAGUCAACCUUGAGAGCAGAAGAGAGAAAACUUUUUGAUGAAAAAGUAGAAUUCAAAAUGCAACAAGAAAUGAAAGAAUAUAUUGAUGAAAAUUAAAAAGCCAAAGAAGAUGAAGAAGAAGAGGCUUUAAGAAAAUAAGCACAAUUUAAGGCUUAGCCAGUAAGAAAAUAUAGAUAAGUAGAAAUACAUAAAAGUGAAAUACCUUUGACCCAACCUUAAUCUCCUAAAUUUAGAACAGAUUAAAGAUUGCGUAGCACUGAAAAAUCAUAAGAAUUUUUAUGA